AUGAGCCCCCAAAGACCAGGGGCAGAACAUGGGAACCUGCUGGUGGGGGUUUCGGACGAGGACGUGGAGGACGCGCUGUUCCACGAGUUCAAGAAGUUCGGGGACGUGAGCGUGAAGCUGUCUCACGCUCCGGAGCUGGGCCGCAUCGCCUACGUAAACUUCCGGCACACGGAGGACGCCCGCGAGGCGCGGCACGCCAAGGCCUCGCGGCUGGCUCUGGGCGAGCGCCCGCUGAAGGUGGAGCCGAUGUACGUGCGGCGGCGCAGCGUCACGCCGCCGGACGCGGGCGGCUUCCUGCACGCGCCUUUCCCCUACCGCCAGCGCUCGCUGUCCCCGCCCGGGGCGGGCGGAGUCAGCGUGGCCGGCGGGUUACGCGAGCUAAGGGAGCUACGGGCGCGCCACUACGCGCUGGAGACGCUAGGUUUGAGCCGCGAGCGCGAGCGGCUGCUGGACUAUUAUGGGAUGCUGGAGGAGCGCGGCGGGCGGCCGUACGGGUUCCCGCCGCCGCCGGCCUCGCUAGCCCCGCCCCCCUCGCUAGCCCCGCCCCCCCCGGCGGCGCUGAUGAUGGCGGCGGCGGCCGCGGCGGCGGCGGCGGGCGACGACCUGAAGCCCGAGGACGACCAGCGCGCGACGAGCAACCUGUUCAUCGGCAACCUGGACGGCAACGUGACGGAGGCGGAGCUCCGGCGCGGCUUCGAGAAGUACGGCGCCAUCGAGGACGUGGUCAUCAAGCGCCCCGCGCGCGGGCAGGGCGGCGCCUACGCCUUCGUGCGCUUCCAGAACCUGGACAUGGCGCACCGCGCCAAGGUGGCCAUGCAGGGCCGGCUGGUGGGCGGCAACCCGGUGAAGAUCGGCUACGGGAAGGCCAACCCCACCACGCGGCUGUGGGUGGGCGGGCUGGGCGCCGGGAACUCGCUGGCGGCGCUGGCGCGCGAAUUCGACCGCUUCGGCAGCAUCCGCUGCAUCGACUACGCCAAGGGCGACAGCCACGCCUACGUCCAGUACGAGAGCCUGGACGCCGCGCAGGCCGCCUGCACGCAGAUGCGCGGCUUCCCUCUGGGGGGCGCCGAGCGCCGGCUGCGGGUGGAUUUCGCCCGCGUGGAGGAGGGAGCCGCCGCCGCCGCCGGGCGCCCGUUCCCCAACGCCGGAUACCCGCCAUUACCGGCGCCGCCCGUCGGUUACGAGCUGCUAGGGGAGGCGUUCGGGCGCCGCCGAAGCCUGGAGCGCGAGUUAAGGGGGGGGGGCGGCGCCAGGGAGCGCUCGCCGCCGCCCGUCCACAGCCUGCUGGCGCUGCGCGAGCGGGCGGAGACGUAUCGGGAUUUCCCCGGCAACCGGGCGGCGCCCGUGGAGGCGUUCGGACGCAGCCUUGGCGGCGGCGGCGUUGGGCGGACGGCGAGGAGCCGCAGCCGCAGCCGGGAGCGCUGGAUUAAGGAGCGGGAGGAGCGCCGCGGGGGCGGGAGGAGACGGAGCCGCAGCGCGUCCGCCGACAAACCGGCGCCCGCUGAGGAGAAGGAGAAGGAGAAGGAGCGGGGACGGGCGCGGCGAGCGGGAACGGGCGCCAUUUCCAACGCCGUCAACGCCAUUAACGCCUCCCCGGAGGCGAGUCCCGACCGGGCGAGGGUCCGGGCUCCAGACUCCACCACAGAACCACCGGACCACCCCCCCGACGCGGAGGACAAGGAGGAGGCUCCGCCCGGGCGCCAUCACGGGAAACGGGCGGUUGGCGUUGGCGAGGUUGCCGUUGGCGACGGGGGCGGCGUUUCCCCGGUAACGGCGGCAGCCGGCGGCUCACUGUGGGAGUUCGCCCAGGCCGCUCUGACCCGGCUCUGGCGCGGAUUCUUCGCGCUGAAGAACAGCUCCUUCCCCACCGACCUCUUCCUGCUGGAGGGCGGGGCCUCCUUUUUCGGCGCCGUAAUGGCGGCGGCGAGCGGCGGCGCCGGCGGCAACGGCGGCGGGCGUCUGAAGAUCGCCCAGCGGCUGCGGAUGGACCAGACGCGGCUGGACGAGGUCGGGCGCCGGAUCGCGUUGGGGCGGCCGCACAACGGCUUCGCCGUGCUGCUGGCGCUGCAGGGCCCGCUGGAGCGCCGGGCGCCAUCGGGGGGGGGGGCGGGGCCGGAGGGGGCGGGGCUUCAGGUGCGCCUGCUGCGCCACCUGGUGACGUACCUGCGCAACAAGGAGGCGGCCGGCGUGGUCAGCCUGCCCGCGGCUAAGGAGGGCGGGCCGGGCGCCAUGCUGUACGCGUUCCCCCCGGGGCCGUUCUCGCAGCAGUUCCUGCAGAAGAAGAACCCGGGCAAAACGGAGGAGGAGCACAUGGUGGUCGUCAUCGUCAACGACACCAACUGA